GAUACACUGCUUGGAUGUCUUGAUAUUCUUAAUCUUCCCUCAACAAAUAAUGGCAGAGCAAAAGCUAUGCAGAAUAUACAACUUUUCAUAAGAGAGCCCAUAGCUAAACAAACAAAUUAUGUACCGGUCAAUUUCAAUCCAUAUUCACACACUUGCAAAUUAUGAUAACUUACGGCGACAAUAAGAAAAAGGAAAUAUCUCUUCGUCGAAUCUCAAGUAUUGCGGUUACGUCACGCUACGAAUUCAUAAAACAGGCAUUAUAUCUUAGCAUGGAUCAAACUGAUUUAUUAAGAUUUCAAAAAAAUUCUAUGAAAUAUCGCUGGCAAGCCGGACAGUUACUGACGCAAAUAUCAACAAAUACAAGUCGGGCAUUAAUGUCUUCGUUCGUUGAAACUGUUGAAUAUUCCCACCAUGAAUGCACAGAAGCAACUAGCCGAAUAUGUCAGCACUGUAGAUCUGUUUACUUGCCAGAUAAUCAUGAAGUGAAGCUACAACCAAAAGUUAAAUUGACAAGAAACAUUCAAAAAUCUAUGAAACGACAAAUUCGUAAAAAGGGGGCUUUGGCACGGAAAGACAAACGAAAUUUAAAGGAUUAUUUUGAGUCUUCAUCAAGUGUUAAUAUUAAAUGUAAACAAUGCAAUAAAAUAAGCAAAAUUCCUACAAGAACCAGAGAACAAAUAAAUUCUACAAAGAAAACAGACUUUAAAAGUCCUGCACAAAAUUUCAAUAAGCCGUCUUUGCCCAUUACCCCAUGCACUACCCCUACAUUGAGUAAAUCACAAAAAGCAAAGCGAAAACGAUCAUCUUCACAGUUAAUGUAUUUAAUGAAAGAACAAUCCAGGGAGUCUCCCACCACUGCAAAGUUACAUGACUUUCUUUCCUCACUUUAAUUUUAUUGUAAUGAGAAUUUAACUAUUCCGCCUUCCUGAUUAUCUGUGUACUUGGAGUAAAAAGUUGUUUUUUGCACCUUCUUUGUCUGAAUAAUUUUGAGGAAUUUUUCGUCAGUAAAAUGUUUUUUGAAUAAUUUUUUUUCCUAAAUUAUUAUUAAGGUAUAAUACACGAAUAUUGAUUACAAAAGUUUUUCGGUUAUUCAUUAAAAAAACUUAUUAUAUUUUGCGUUUAUAUUUCCAG